UGUGCUGCUGGUAGAAUACUGGCGACUCAGUCAACGGCUUCUUCCGCUGCGCAGCACAUCUCCAUAAAAACGAUAGAGAUGUUGCUGUGUGCUCUGGGGGGCCUGCUGCUGCUGCUGUUCUCCUGUCUGGAUGUCUGGUACUUCCUGCGGGGGGCGGUGGUGGUGGUGCAGGCCUGGUUUCAACCCCCGGUCUGGGACGUCCUGGCAGAGCAGAGUGUUCCUGGGAGGGUCCUACCUCAUGACCUGGACUAUAUGGGUCACAUGAACAACGCCAGAUACCUCCGGGAGUGUGACUUCGCCAGGUUCCACCAUUACAUGCGUAACGGGAUCUGUAAAGCGCUGCGGACCCUGGGGGCCACUAUGGUGGUCGGGGCCUCCACCAUUCGCUACCGACGCUCGCUGGCCUUCGGGGAAGCAUUUGACUUGCGCACCCGCAUCGUGGCAUGGGACGACAAGUCAUUCUUCGUGGAGCAGCGGUUUGUCUCCCAGGGCGACGGGUUCAUCUCCGCGGUGAUGCUAUGCAGACAGAACGUUCUCCGUAGCAACCCUGAGAGCAUCCUACAGCUGCUCUGCAAGCGGAAGGUGGAGUGUCCCGACUACCCUGAGGAUCUGCAGCACUGGAUCAGCUUCAUCUCAGCCAGCAGCCAGGCACUGAGAGCCCAGAGUGGACUAGUGGACAAGACUGGAGCACAGGAAGACAAAGACAAGCAACAGUCCAGACUAGAACACCAGGCAACAGUCCAGACUAGAACACCAGGCAACAGUCCAGACUAGAACACCAGGCAACAGUCCAGACUAGAACACCAGGCAACAGUCCAGACUAGAACACCAGGCAACAGUCCAGACUAGAACACCAGGCAACAGUCCAGACCAGAACACCAGGUAACAGUCCAGACUAGAACACCAGGCAACAGUCCAGACUAGAACACCAGGUAACAGUCCAGACUAGAACACCAGGUAACAGUCCAGACUAGAACACCAGGCAACAGUCCGAUGCAAG